GACUCCCAUGCUUUCCGUACGACGUUAUGGUUAUGUUGACGUGUGGCUUUUGUGGCUCACUAGCCUGCUAGCUGUACUUUGUACAACAUGUUUUAGCUAGUAGUGGUAAUAUAACAUUAGUCAAAGAGCUGAAGUUUACCUCCAUGCAAAGCUGUACGAAAACAGUUAUAACUUCGAACAGUUUGAGAAGCCAACAAAUACGAUGGCAGCUGCCUGGGAAGAAAUCAGACGUCUGGCAGCGGAUUUUCAGAGAGCACAGUUUGCUGACACAGUGCAGAGGUUGUCAGAGAGAAACUGCAUUGAAAUCGUUGCCAAGCUGGUUGCAGAGAAGAAGUUGGAUGUGGUACACACACUUGAUGGCAAGGAGUACAUCACCCCAUCCCAGAUCAGUAGGGAGAUACGGGAUGAGCUCUACAUCCAUGGAGGUCGGGUCAACAUUGUGGACCUACAAAAGAUUAUCAAUGUUGAUUGGGUUCAUGUUGAGGCCAGAGCAAAUGACAUUGCAAGAUCUGAUAAAAGUGUUCAACUGGUGCUGGGGCAGCUUAUCGACGAAAACUAUCUGAAUCGUGUGUCUGAGGAGGUGAACGAUAAACUACAAGAAGCUGGCUUGGUGAACAUCCCAGAACUAUGUAAAAACUAUGACCUUCCGGGGGAUUUUCUGACUGAGGAGCUGUCGAAGCGCCUUGGGAAAGUCAUCCAAGGCCAGAUGGAUGAGUACAACAGGGGAGUCUUAUUCACCCCUGCGUUCGUGUCUCGCCACAGAGCUCGCAUCCGUGGGCUUUUUAGUGCAGUGACUCGGCCAACACCAGUCAGUAACGUGAUUGGCGUCUAUGGUUUUCAGGAACAUCUUCUCUACUCUGUUUUGGAGGAGCUGGUGAAUACUGGCCGUCUGAAAGGCACUGUGGUGGGGGGCCGGCAGGACAAGGCUGUGUACAUCCCUGACAUCUACUCCAAAACACAGAACACCUGGGUGGACUCCUUCCUCAAGCAGAACGGAUACUUAGAGUUUGAUGCCUUGAUCAGACUUGGCAUCCCUGACCCAGUGAGCUAUAUCAGGAAACGUUUCAAGUCCAGCAAGCUGCUGUUCCUCAGGGCGGCCUGUGUUGGCCAGGCCCUAGUAGAACAGGUGGAGGCCUCCGUGGAGGAGGCUGUCAACUCUGCCACAUGGACAGAUGUGCAGCCCAUUCUGCCCAGCUGUCUGUCCAUGGAGGAUGUUGGCAUUAUAAUCAACGAGGCCAUGAGAAAGACCAACGUGCAGUCAACUGCCAGGAUCCUGGGCGACACUGUGGUGGUCAGCGAGAAGUUCAUCAGCAACUGUCUCUCUCUCUUUAAUGAGGCCAUGCAGCAUAAAGCCCUUAAGGAAGUCAAGAACAACCCUGUUUUCCUGAUAACGGAAGACGAUCUCAAGCAAGGCUAUAUGAUGACAGAAAACACCGCACCUUCCAAAAAGGAAAAAAGGGAGGCGGAGAGGAGGAAAAAGACUACAGAGGGCAGUGGCUGUAAAGGAGGUGGUGGAGGAUGCAAUGCCAGAGAGGUCAGGAUACGCAAAACCAAGAAGAAGGGCAGGAGGGACGACGACAGUGACGAGGAGGCGGCAGUCACCCCACAAAAUCGUAACAAACCGACUGAAGUCCCCUUCAUGUCCCUGGAGGAAAUCGCAGCUGUCCUAGAAGGGCAAGUGUGCGACUGCCCUGAAGAAAUCCUCUCCGAGUUGGCAGAACAUUUAGUAAGGCCUUUGACAAAGACCUACCAGGAGGUGGUUCGGACUGUGUUCAUGUCCUCCACUGUCUCCACGACUGGGGUGACCAAGAAGAGAAGUGUGAAAGACUUCCAGGAGGAGCUCUCCAACCUGUACAACAACAUCAGACUUUUUGAGAAAGGGACUAAGCUCUUCUCUGAUGAGACUCAGGUCCUCAUUGCCAAGCACGUCCUGAAGACUGUGUGCACAGACGUCACCAACAUCCUGGUGAAUUUCAUGGCGGCUGAAUUGAUGAUGUCCGCAGAGAAUCCCAGCUCUAUCACCAACGAAGUGAGAGUGAAGAUAUUAGGGAAAUUACCAGAGGAAACCAAAGGACCUCUUAUGAAGGUGCACAACAGUCUCAAUGGAAAGACGAUUGAAGAUUUUCUAACCAACAUAGAAACUGCGGUUGAGGUGUGUGGAUUCAUGCUGAAGAAGGGAGAUAAGAAAAGAGAAAGACAGGCCCUGUUCCUGCACCGGCAGGCUCUGAUAGAGCAGCUGAAGGACACUGAGGACCCAGCCCUGAUUCUCCACCUGACCAGCGUGCUGCUCUUCCAGGCCAGCACCCACUGCAUGCUGCACGCCCCCGGACGCUGUGUCCCCCAGAUCAUAGGCACUCUGGUGGGCCGCAUCUCUGAGGAGCAGCACAGGCUGCUGACAGGCUACCAGGCCCUGGUGGUUAAGCAGUUAGUGAGCCAGAGCCAGGGAAAGAAGCAGGAGCAGGGGGAAGGAGAGAACCCAGAGGCGGGGGAUGAGGCAGAGGCCAUCCGGAAAGAGCUGGUUUCCCUGACCAGCGAGGUAAAGGAUCUGGUCCUCUCUCAGAAGAAGAUGUCUGGGACUGAAGAGUGAAUAACAACUUUGACUGCUUUGAAGUUGGCAACUGCCAGCUCUCUGAUUUUAUAAAUCGCCUAGCUUCUCAGUAUUACACUGAACAAAACAUAUAAAACACAACAUGUAAAGUGUUGGUCCCAUGUUUCGUGAACUGAAAUAAAAUAUCCCAGAAAUGUUCCAUAGGCACAACACUUAUUUAGCUCAAAUUUUACACACAUUUUUUCUUUGCCAAGAUAUUAUAUCCACCUGAGAAGUGUGGCAUAUCAAGAAGCUGAUUAAACAGCAUGAUCAUUAUACAGGUGUACUGUGUGUUGGUGACAAAAGGCCACCCAAAUAUUUUGUCACAAAACACAAUGCCACAGAUGUCUCAAGUUUUUAGGGAGCAUGCAAGUAGCAUGCUGACUGUAGGAAUGUCCACCACAGCUGUUGCCAAAGCAUUGAAUGUUCAUUUCUCUACCAUAAGCCACCUUGUUCAUAGUUUGUGAGAAUAUGGCAACCGGCCUCAACUGCAGACCAUGUGUGGGAGAGCGGUUUGCUGAUGUCACCGUUGUGAACAAAGUGCCCCAUGGUGGGGUUAUGGUAUGGGCAGGCAUAAGCUAUGGACAACAAACAUAAUUGCAUUUUAUCGAUGGCUAUUUGUAUGCACAGAGAUACCAUGGUGAGAUACUGGGGCACAUUGCCGAGCCAGUCGCCAUCACCUCGUGUUUCAGCAUGACAAUGCAGAGGCUCAUGUCCCAAGGAUCUGUACACAAUUCCUGGAAGCUGAAAAUGUCAAAAUUCUUCCCUGGCCUGCAUACUCACCAGACAUGUCACCCAUUGAGCAUGUUUGUGAUGCUCUGGAUAAAUGUGUAUGACCCCAUGUUCCAGUUCCUUGCCAAUAUCCGGCUACUUCGCACAGCCUUUGGCGAGGAGUGGGACAACAUUCCACAGGCCGCAAUCAACAGCCUGAUCAACUCUAUGCGAAGGAGAUGUCGUACUGUUUUUCUGAUCCAGGCGCCUAGCAUUUUUGUAAGGUAUCUGUAUUCCCAGUCAAGUGAAAUCCAUAGAUUAGGGCCUAAUGAAUUUAUUUCAAUUGACUGAUUUUCUUAUGAACUGUAACUCAAAUUUGAAAUUGUUCAAUGUUGCGUUUAUAUUUUUGUUCAGUAUAUUUGUAGAUCAGUCAGUCACAAUUUCCCCACAAUGCAGAUUUGAUGUUCUCGAACACGGCCAAUGAAUGACCAGAAAUCUAGAAAAAAAUAUGAAAUACUGUAUGUGGUAGAGUUGUAAAUGGUCCUGUUAUUUUAAGUUAUUGGUAGUAAAUUCCAAAAGUAUUCAGCCCCUUUGGAUUUGUUCACAUUUUAUUAUCGCAAAGGGGGUUUAAAAUGGAUUUAAUGGCAAUUUUUUUGUCAACAAUAUACACAAAAUAUUCUCUAUCGAAUGUUUUAUAGAUAAUUUAAAAUAAAAAAUACAAAAGUGUGUACAUGUCUAUAUAGUCGUUGCAUAUAUAUUCAGCCCCUUUUUGUUUAGGCAAGCCUAAAUUAGUUCAGGAGUAAAAUUUUCCUUGUCAAUCCCUUUGUAACUUAUGUGAUUUGUUAUGAUUUUUGAAGAUUUAUCCUUCCUCUGUCCCACAUAAAUACAUCUGUAAGGUCCCUCAGUCAGGUAUUGUAAUUUAAUCAGUGCCUGAAAUUCAAAGACCAAGGAGCUUUUCGAAAGCCUCAUAAAAAUGGCAGUGAUCGGUAGAUGGGUGACAAUAACAUUGAAUAUAUCUUUAAGCAAGUUAAUAAUUAUGCUGUGGGUGAUGUAUUUAACCACCCAGGCACAAAGAUAACCAUUGGUGAUUUUAAAACAGCUACAGAGUUCAAUGGCUGUGAUGGGAGAGAACUGAGGGAUCAACAGCAUUGUAGUGACUACACAUUAAUAUACUAAAUGACAGAGGGAAAAGAACACAAAUAUAAAAAGUAUUCAAAGGAAAAAAAAAUUGUAUGCAACAAGGCACAAAAGUAAUAAUGCAAAGCCCUAUGUGUGGGGCAAAUCCCGAAACAUCACUGACUAAUUGCCUCAUUUUCAAGCAUGGUGGUGGCUGUAUCAUGUUAUGGGUAUGCUUGACAUUGGCCAAUACUGGGUAGUUUUUCUUUAUAAAAAGAAAUGGGAUAGGGCUAAGCACAGGCAAAAUCCUGAAACCUUUUUCAGUCUGCUUUACACCAGCCACUGGUAGGGGAAUUCACCUUUUCAGCAGGACAAUAACCGACAACAAGGCCAAAUAUAUACUGUAGUUGCUUACCAAUACGACGGUGAAUGUUCUUAAGUGGCCACAAGUUUUGACUUAAAUUUGCUUGAAAUACUAUGGCAAGACUUGAAAACGGCUGUCUAGCCAUGAUCCCCAGCAUCUUGGCAGAGCUAGAAGAAUUGUUUAAGGAGUAAUAGGCAAAUAUUGCACAAUCCAGGUGUGCAAAGCGCUUAGGAGACUUACCCAGAAAAGACACACAGAUGUAAUUGCUGCCAAAGGUGUUUCUAUCAUGUGUGGUGGACUCAGGGAGCUGAAUAGUUGUGCAACGACUAAAUUUUAUUUGCAUUAAUCCUUUUAAAAUACAUAUAAUUUGGCUUCCGCUUUGACAGAGUAUUUUGUGUAGAUUGUUGACCCAAAAGAAAUGUCAAAUCAAUUUCAAUCCCACUUUGUAACACUAUGUGAGGGCUCCGAAUAGUUUUGCAAGGUAAUUCUGAGGUGGCAACUAUCUUUGCUUAUUUCACUUCAAAAUUCACAGUAGCUAGAUAUUUCUCCUUAGUAGUCCUAAAUCACUGCUUCAUCCAUGCUACUACUGUGUCUUUGGUAUUUUUUUCCCCUUGUAACAAAAGAUGCCUAGAACACUGGCACUCUCCAUUGGUAACGCACAACACUGGGAACAACUAAACACGAAACUUGUAUUAUGCUUUUACCCCAUGACAUUCGAAAGCACAACAUCAUAAUCAUAACCAUUUGUAAGAGGUGAGUACUGAACUGCAAAAUAGACUGGAAUUAUAUAAAGUAUUUUCUAAAUUAAAAAAAAAAAAAUCCCCCUUCAAUGUCCCAUGUCAAGAGUGAUAAACUGCUUAGAUGUUGAGUGGCUUGGAUAAUAUUAUAUAAUAUUAUUAAUAUUGUCUGGGUUGCAUGUCGGAUGGAGAAAGAAAUUGCAGCUUUCAAAGGAAAUGCCAUAGAGGAUAUGUAACUGGAAGGUAGUAAUCAACAUUCUAUAGCUUGCUGAAUGAUACAUUUAAUAUAGACUGCUUAAAUAGAACAAUUUUAUUAUAAAAUGCUUGUUGUGGUUUUAGGAAGGUCCGUGUCUUGACCGUAGAGCUGUGAUGGUCAUGUAAUUUUGGGUGGUGGUUAUUGGGUCAGCUAAAUGACCACGGUCACGUUAUUAAAAACAAAUGCUCCAGGCUGCAUGUUUUGCAGAAAGGGGGGCGUUGCUUAGGCAACCAAAGACUUGUUUGCUACAACACCUUGUGUCAGCAAUGAGCAAGAGUUCCAUCACUUUGUAAAUAGUCCAAUGCUCAGGAGUUCCGUCUUCAGUCAGCUGUUCUUUCCACACACACA